AUGGGAAAUACCGGGCAGUGCUUUAUUGAUACGCCUGUCAACGCUCCAUGCGACCAAGGGAUAGUGCCGUACUAUGCUGUACGGGCAGAAAGUGUGGAAGACAUCCAGAAGACUGUGAAAUUUGCUAGCGAGAAGGAUCUAUUUCUUGUAAUCAAGAACACAGGACAUGACCACCUCGGUCGAUCAAGCGGUAAAGGAGCUCUUGCAAUAUGGACUCACAAUCUGAAGGGCAUCGACUGGCACGAGUCGUUUGUCCCACAGGGGGCACCGGCGGCUGUCAAUGGUAUACCUGCUGCAACAUUGCAGGCUGGAGAGCAAUGGUUCGACGUGUACCAAGCUGCAGCAAGACAGGGAGUAUUGAUAGUCGGCGGAUCUGCGCGCACCGUCGGGGCCGCCGGAGGAUUUGUCCUUGGAGGAGGUCAUUCGCCAUUUGCACAUUACUAUGGCCUCGCUGCUGAUAAUCUUUUGGAAAUGAGCAUUGUUUCUGCGGAUGGACGACACCGGGUGAUCAAUGCGUAUUCAGAUCCCGAGUACUUCUGGGCCGUUCGUGGCGGCGGUGGAAGUGCCUGGGGGGUUGUUACGUCCGUGACCUACAAAACGCAUCCUGUCCCGCAGAACCUCACCAUCGGAUUCGUCCAGUUCAACGCAACCAACAACUCCAGCUCCACGCGGCUCGUUUCCGAAUCCCUGAAACUCCUCCCAGCUGUCACAGACGCAGGGUAUACCGGAUAUGCCUCGUUUACGCAGGGCUUCCAAGCGGUCUUUCUUCAACCCAACGGCACCAUAGAAUCUUUUAACCAGACUUUCGCUUCCUUCUCUAGUUUAACACAGCUUCCCGGUGUCAAGGGAGCGGUUGGAGCCUAUUCGUCCACCUGGGAUGGAUAUCUGAAAACCUUCCUGCAAGACCCCCAUAUCGGGACCAACACUCAGGACACGUCACGACUAUUGACAGCAGACAUAAUCCGGGAAAAAGCGGACGAUUUGGCAGAGUUCAUUGUCGACAAUGGUCAAACGGCGGGAUUCAAUUUCAUUGGUAAAGUCAAUGACAAGGAACGCGACAACACUGCCGUCCAUGAAAUCUGGAAACAUAGCCACGCGCUUUUGAGCAUCUCGGUAGAUUGGCCGGAUAAUGCAACAGCCCGCGAGAAGGGAGAGAAGCGACACAAGAUGGUACAGUUGAGCAAGCGCUUUACCGAGAUCGUUGGGCCAGACGGGGGAACAUAUGUGAAUGAAGCCAGUCCGUACGAGCCUAAAUGGCAAAGAGUGUUCUGGGGAAAUAAGUAUGAGCGACUGCUCUCUAUCAAGAAACGGGUGGAUCCAACCCAGCUGUUUGUGUGCAAUAGGAGUACCCCAUUUCGACAAUACCUCGGAAAGUUCGCAGAGCACGCGGGCACCAAGAUCGCCGAAUACGCAACUAUGAGAUUUUUCAAGCUCAAGAGCAAGAAGGCAAAGUCGCCAGUACACAGUUUGAUGGAAGAGUGCAGCAGGUUGAUGGACGAGAAUAUGUGGCAGGAAGCUCGAGACAAACUGAACCAUGUUGUCCAACUGCUCGAGGAAUCUCAAGGUCUCGAUCACGAGGAGACACUAUUUAUGAAGACCAAUCUGGCGUACACCCUGCGCCAGCUAGGUGAGUAUCAGGAGGCAGAGCGGAGGGAUCAUCAAGUGUAUGCCGUUCGACUCCAAGUCUCCGGGCCUGACGAUAUCGAGACGGCCAAAUCGCUGAACAACCUCGCGCUGGACCUGAAAGGUGUCGGCCGAUUUGACGAGGCAUUGGAUCUAGAAGAGCAAGCAUUAGAGACAUUUUUGAAGAUUAAUGGGGAAAGCUCCCGGGAGACUCAGACCAGCAUGAACAACUUGGCUAACAGUUUCCACCGACAUGGACGCCUGCAAGACGCUGCCAGGCUGCAUGAAAGAGCCCUUGAGCUGCGGACCCAGACUCUUGGCAAGGAGCAUUUCGAGACAAUCAUGACAAUGGAUCUGCUUGGGGUGGAUUACCGCGAGCUCGGCCAGCUCGAUAGAGCCCUUCAUUAUCAGGUCGAAGCCCUCGAACUCGCCGAGGCCAAUCUGGGGGAAGCCCACGCAACCACUAUUCGAUGCUCCACUAACCUGGCAACAACAUACCAGAGGUUAGACACGGCAGACGGCCGGGACAAAGCAUUGGCUCUACUGGAGCAGGCCUUGGAGCUUUCGCGGCGGAGCUUUGGCGAGAAUAGUUCGGACACGGUGCCGGUGAUGAACAAUCUCGCCACGGCAUACGCCGGAGCGGGGCGCUUUUCUGAUGCUGUGCCUCUAUUACAAUCGGCGUACGAAUGGAAUCAGAGGACGCUGGGCCCUGAUCACCCCCAGACUCGAGUCUCAGAGGGCAACCUGAACUACGUGAUGGAGAAGAUGGGCCUAACUCGAGCUACAGUCUUCAGUACAUGA